AUGGCGAAGCUGGAGUCUCUGAAGAGUGGCUAUUACGUGUGGCAAUAUGUCCCCUCUAUGGCUGCGGCCGUCAUCUUCUUGGUGCUUUUUCUUCUCACAACAUUUGUCCAUUUCUGGAAAAUCUUCCGGAAAAGAGUGCGAUUUACACUGCCGUUUGCCAUUGGUGGUCUAUUCGAGAUCAUUGGUUAUGCGACCCGAAUCGAUUCUCACAACAAUACUGGAAAGUUGAUGCCAUAUUGUAUCCAAGCAGUCUUCAUCCUCCUAGGUCCAGCUCUCUUUGCUGCAUCGGUCUAUAUGGUGCUCGCUCGCAUCAUCCGCAGCGUCCGCGCAGAGAUGUAUUCUGUCGUACCACUGAACUGGGUGACCAAAACAUUCGUUAUAAGUGAUGUUAUCACAUUUUUGGUUCAAGCAGGCGGAUCAGGAAUGAUGGUCAAUAGCAGCCUGAGCAAAGUUGGCCAGGGCGUGGUUAUUGCUGGCUUAUGUCUCCAGGCUGUGAGUUUCUGCCUGUUUAUCGUCACUGCGUAUGUGUUUCAGACACGGAUGCGUCGUGCUCCAACUACAGAGUCAUUUGAUGUCGCUAUACCCUGGAAAAAACACCUGUAUGGCCUAUAUACUAUCAGUGGCCUGGUGCUCGUCCGAUCCAUUUUCCGAAUCGUGGAGUACGCCAUGGGUAAUGAAGGCUAUCCAUUGAGCAAUGAAUGGACAUUGUAUGUCUUUGAUGCUGUACCCAUGUUUGCCGCUAUGGUGAUCUUUGCGAUAUGGUACCCUAGUGAUCUGAAGCCUUUUCUUGAUAGCGCUUCUCAGAGCGGUGGGGCUAUUGAGAGCAAGGGAUGA